AUGUCGUCCCUGCAUCCAUCAGAGCUGGAAUCAGGCGCUACAGAUUCUGUAGCCUCCUCUCCUCGGUCCGAUUACCACGCGUCUCAUGAUCCACGCGUGCGCUUAAUGUGCAGCUUCGGAGGCAAAAUUCUCCCCCGCCCGCACGACAAUCAGCUCCGAUAUGUUGGUGGUGACACUCGCAUCGUUGCUGUCCACCGCUCUACAACUUUCUCUACUCUCAUCACCAAAUUAUCAAAAUUGUCAGGAAUUGUUAACUUGAGUAUCAAGUAUCAACUACCAAAUGAAGAUCUUGAUUCUUUGAUAUCAGUUUCUACUGAUGAGGAUGUUGACAACAUGAUGGAUGAAUAUGAUCGUGUUUUACAUAAUCUAAAUCCACGUUCAGCCCGGCUCAGGCUAUUUUUGUUCUGUGCAACAGAUGAGUCAUCAAGAGCAAGUAGUAUUAGUUCACUUCUUGAUGGAUCAGCUAACCGUGAAAACUGGUUUUUUGAUGCUCUUAAUUCGGGCCCCAACAGGCUUGAACGUGGAAGGUCUGAGGCUUCUUCAAUUGUUUCUGAAGUACCAGAUUAUCUUUUCGGGUUGGAGAAUUCGGAUGACACCAACAUUCCUCGUGAACCCAAAAUGAAGUCUCGAUUCGUUUUGAAUGAUAAUGUUUCAGUUUCUGAUCCGGGUUCUCCUGCCCCGGUUGUUUCUUCACCAUAUUGCUCAACUUCAUCAGUUGUGCCCACCGUGCCUGCGAUUCCGGAUCUUCCACCCGUCAGGACCAAACCCGAUACCGUAGAGACGGUAAAGCAGAAUCCAGUUGACGGUUAUUCUGAGCCAACUGAGACACCACCAAUCACGCAGCCAGCCGGGUAUCCGGGUAACCCAGUCAUGCAUUAUAUUCAGGAAUCUCGUUAUUCAGGUGCUCCAGUACAACAAAUGCCGGUUUAUUAUGUUCAGGGUACGAUUCCACCGGGGAAUGUUCCGGUUCAGCCCGUUCAAAUCCGGCCUCAAUAUGUUCAGCAAUACCAAGUCCCAACAAGUCAAAUGCCAAUGGGGUACCACCAAGCUGUUCAGGGUAUGGGUCAAGUAUAUAGUGGGAUGGCACUGAGGCCCGUUGCGGCAAUGGAUCGGUAUGAUGGUGGAAGAGUGGUUUCAGAUGGGAUGAAUCAGCAGGUUUAUUACGGCGUUCGGAAUGCAAGUACGGGUAUGGUUCCAGGGUAUCCGGGUAUGGGUAUGCCGGGUGGGGAGGAUUUGAAAAGGACAGCAUCUGAUGUAAACCCGGGUAGACGCUCCCAAUAA